AAUAAUAGUAAAGAAAUGGAAGAAGAAGAAGAAGAUAAACGAAUUGGUAAUGGUUGUGGUUAUGGCAGAGGAAGAAGAGAAAACGUUGUCGAUUGAACCAGAAUUUCCAAGGAGUAGAGUGAAGAAGAUAAUGACUCUUGAUGAGGACGUGAAGAGAGUGAGUUCAGAAGCGUUGUUUCUGGUGUCGCGUUCUACGGAACUGUUUCUACAUUUACUUGCUGAAAAGUCUGCACAAGUUGCGAUUGAGAAGAAACGCAAGACGGUGAAGCUUGAACACAUUAGAAUCGCGGUGAAGAGGCAUCGGCCGAUAAGUGAUUUUCUUCUCGAUUCGCUUCCGAUGCCUUCUGAAACUGUUAAAUCCGAUAAACCUGUGCAGGAUGCUGAUCGGCCUAAAUCUGUUCCGGAUGGUACUCGCCGUAUUGAUCAUAUCUUCCGAAAGUCAGAAGCCCAGGCCCAAGUUGAAGCUCAAGAACCCGAACCUGAACCCAUGGAGGAGUCCUAGAUUGUGUUCAUUUAUACUCUCUGUAAAUGAGAUUUCCAUCUUAUGUUAAUGAUGUAUUGGCAAAACGACGCGAAUUUAAUUUAUUUGAGAGAUUGGGGUCAGGAUUUGAAAUAAAGGUUUGUGACUGAUUUGGGCGGCGGCAUGACAAUUUUUGAUGUUGUUGUAACCAUGACUGAUGCUGUAUUUGACCUUGAUUCUAUGUAAUAUAUCAACGAUUGCCACGUGACUCAAUCGUUACGGUGACCAUGAUUAGGUGAGUGGUGAUUAUUGUGCUUCUAGAUCAAAAACUGCAUCUAUUAAUAGUCAACGUACUGACUACUGAAUAUGUUCAUUGCAAUGUCACUUCUUCAGUUCUAUAUUUAUAUUCAAUUUCUCUUUUGAUGUGUC